UAGAGCGCCAUGAAGGCCUCAGUGAUGCUUCCAGAGUAUAAGGUGGUGGGGCGCUGCCUGCCGACCCCCAAAUGCCACACGCCGCCCCUCUAUCGCAUGAAAAUUUUUGCACCUAAUGAUGCUUUUGCCAAGUCCCGCUUCUGGUACUUUGUGUCUCAGUUGAAGAAGAUGAAGAAAUCCUCGGGGGAAAUCGUCUACUGUGGACAGGUGCUAGAGAAAUCUCCCUGGCGAGUGAAGAACUUCGGCUUCUGGCUACGCCAGGACUCCCGCAGCGGCACCCACAUGGACCCGGACCUGACCACCGCUGGCGCCAUCACCCAGUGCUACCGGCACCGAGCCUUGGCCCACUCUAUCCAGAUCAUAAAGGUGGAGGAGAUCGCAGCCGGCAAGCGCCGCCGACCAGCGAUCAAGCAGUUCCACGACUCCAAGAUCAAGCUCCUACUGCCCCACCGGGUCCUCCGUGGCCAGCACAAGCCACGCUUCACCACCAAGAGGCCCAACACCUUCUUUUAGGUGCAGGACCUCUGUCCCCGGGUC